AUGGGUAUUGCUUUACAGGAAUUCAACUUGAAGAUCAAGGACAAGAAAGGAACGGAAAAUCAAGUGGCUGAUCAUUUAUCCGGUUGGAGUCCAAUGAAGAAGUUCGAGAGGAAGAAAAGCCAAUCAAAGAAUACUUCCCAGAUGAGCAAUUGUUUGCUAUUCAAGAAGGACCAUGGUUGCGGACAUUAUUUAAAGUACUACUUCUGGGAGGAUCCAUUUUUGUACAAGCAUGGCGCUGAGCAGAUUAUAGAAGAUGUGUGCCAGAGAAGAGAUGACGAAUAUACUUUGUCACUGUAUUCAAUGGAAGUUGGUGGUCAUUUUGGUUCGACAAAAACCGCCGCAAAAGUUCUUCAAUCAGGAUUUUUUGGCCUAAUCUUUUUAAAAUUAUGUGUCGAAGUGGGUGGAAGGUGCUGCAUGCCAACAAAUGAUGCUUGUGUCGUUAUCAAGUUUAUAAAGAAAAAUAUCUUUCAAGGUUUGGCACGCCAAGAGCCAUUACCAGUGAUGGUGGUUUUCACUACACUCUCGAAAGGAUGGGCAACUAAACUUGAUGAUGCACUAUGGGCGUAUAGGACGACAUUCAAAACACCAAUAGGAAUGUCACCCUGGAUGGUUUACGGAAAAGCUUGUCACUUGCUGGUGGAGUUAGAGCACAAGUCGUGGUUGGGCAGUAAAGUUUCUGAUUUUGUCUACAAGCCGCUAGAGCCAAACGUUUACUGCACUAUGAGAGGAGCUGCCCAGGAAAGAUAUGAGAUUUUGCAAAGAAACCGGGUGGAUUUAUUGAAGAGAGGGCUGGUAUUUGCAGAAGCUUUUGAGGGAAUAAUUGGCGUGAUUCAAGCUCUGGGUUGGGAGAAAUUUUGUAAAGAACCCCGGCGUGCUGUUGCCUCUAUGGUAAAGGAGUUCUAUGCCAACGUUCCUGAUAGCGUUGAGGGGGACAUGGUAAGAGGGGACGGAGUGAGUAUUGAGAAUCUGCAUCAAGGUUUCACUCAUAUCUUUGAAUCUACCUUUGAGAGCACAGAGGGUGUUGCAGAAUUUAUUGAGUGGAUGGAUUGUUGUUGUGCUGGAAUUGAGAUGACCAACAUUAAUGGCGGAGAAGAGCUUCAUUUUCCAGUUUCUCCGGUUCUUCCUUGUAGGGAUGUUAUAAUUCAGCAUCCAAGAACUGAAUCUUGUGAACUUCUUUCUCAGCUUCCUUCUUCUUUUCCCCUAGACUCCGGGAUUAAUCAUGCACAGACCUUGAUUUCAAACCAUCCAAGUUGGAUAAACUUCUCUAAUAGCUCACAUGGAGAUGUUAUGAAGGAAACAGUUUGGACUAGGGUCUUGAUACCAGUGGUGGGAGGAUUGGUUGAGCUGUUAGCAACUAAAGAAGUACCUGAAGAUCCACAUGUGAUUGAUUUUAUCACAACGCAAUGCAGCAUAUCAAUGGGGCAGGAAGCUGCAAUGGUUACUACAAGCAACAUGGAUGCUAAUUUCUCUUCACCAGUUAAUAAUGUGCAUGAAAAUGGACGGUCAGAUUCAAUCUCGGAUUGCAGUGACCAGAUUGAUGAUGAGGAUGAUGCCAAGUAUCGGAGGAGAACUGGGAAGGGACCUCAAGCUAAAAACCUUGUAGCUGAGAGGAAAAGAAGGAAGAAACUUAAUGACAGGCUUUAUGCUCUUCGAGCUUUGGUUCCGAAAAUUUCAAAAAUGGAUAAAGCUUCAAUCCUUGGUGACGCAAUAGACUUUAUAAAGGAUUUGCUAAAGGAAAUAAAAGAGCUUCAAGAUGAACUGGAGGAGAAUUCAGAUGAUGAAGGGAGCGCCAAGAACAAUAAUACAAGCAUGAAUGUUAACCACAACAUCGUGAAGCCAGAAAUUUUCAGUCAAAGUGGUGGGUUUCAUUUGGGUGCAACUGCUUCAGGUAAUAGCAGUACUCUUCCUAAAGUUCAGAAUCAAGACCUAGAAAUCACUAAUGACAAGACACAACAAAUGGAGGUGCAAGUUGAAGUGGCUCCAUUAGAUGGUAACGAGUUCUUUGUUAAAGUGUUUUGCGAAUACAAGCCUGCUGGAUUUGUAAAAUUGAUGGAAGCUUUGAAUUCAUUGGGUCUGGAAGUGACAAAUGCGAAUAUAACCCGUUUUAGGGGACUUGUUUCAAAUGUUUUCAAAGUGAAGAAAAUGGAUAACGAGAUUGUUCAAGCUGAUCAUCUGAGGGAUUCAUUGCUGGAGCUAACAAGAAACCCGUCUAGAGUAUGGCCUCAUGAGAUUGCAAAAACUUCAGAAUGCAUCAAUGGAGUGGAGUAUAAUCCUCCUCCUCAUCAUCAUCAAGAGCACCACCUUCACAAUCACCAAAUGAGUUUCCACCACCUUCACAAGUAA